AUGCCAAGGGUGAAAAUAGAUUACGUUGUUAGUUUUAGCAGUGAAGACUCCGAUAACCCUGCUAGCAACCUUCUCUCUUGGGGCGUGAACAAACGUAAAUGGCUCUGCAAGAAAGGAGAGCCUUCCUGUUCCAUUGUCCUCCAACUGUCUAAAGCAAUCCAGAUCCAAUCUAUUCAUAUCGGAGCAUAUCAUAGUGCACUAGUCGAAGUUUUAGUUGGACUCUCUGAGAAACCAAGUGAUCCAUUUGAGGUAUUAAUUCCGAGCUGCGUGUUUGUCCCGGCAAGUGAGUCGCGCCGCGAGGAACGAGUAGAGCGCGUGCGGAAUUUUACAGGCGAGCAGCUAACGAGCGCACGCGAAUGCCGUUGGAACCGGAUACGCGUUGUUUGCUCGCAGCCAUACAACAAACAUUGUAAGUAUGGAGUGUCGUUCAUCCACAUAUUUUCGUCCGAGACUGACAGCACUGAGUCCGAGCUCGGCGACUUUACUGCGCGUAGCGGAAUAUUGGCUUCCCAAACUAGCUCAUCCGAUGAGGAGGAAUUUCGACCAGGAGAAUUGUUUGCCAAACAUCGCGCCUACACCAAUACUGCUGAGACUGAAAUACAAAUAAAACAAGCCACUUGUUCAAACAAUGUUCAAGAAUCCCGUACUAAGCUGACUAAAGCUCUUUUUAGUAAAAAGAAAGACUGUAACGAUAUAAAGAAGAGAUCACAUGGAGAAGCAACACACCUAAGACGGGAUAGAGAUGAAUUGCUCUAUGUAGAAGAUGAGGAAGGACCCCAUUUAAAGAUUGACAAUGUUGUGCAAAAACCUAGCAGCAUUGUUGGUGCCAAUGGUAUCAAUGUUUUUAAUGAUGGAAGGAAAAGCGACACGACUAACGAUCACACGAAGGAAAAUUCACUUGAUAUUACUAACAAAAAUCGUAAGAGGAAAAAGACAAAUGACGAGACAGUUGGAAUCGAAACGAAACAGAUCAGGCAAUUAGAGCGAGGUGAACCGUCUAAACGUAGAAAAGUUGAGAAUAGUGAUGCGAUGACAGAAGAAGCGCGAACAGGUCGCGACGAGCUGCGCGCGGUGCUGCGCGGAGUCGUGUUCGCGUUGAGCGGUUACGUGAACCCGCGUCGCGCCGCGCUACGCGACGCGGCGGUAAGGCUCGGCGCGCGUUACGUGCCCGACUACACGGCGCAGUGCACGCACCUCGUUUGCGCCUUUCCGAACACGCCGAAGCUGCGAGCGGUGCGCGAGUCGGGCACCCCGUGCCGCGUAGUGCUCGGCGAAUGGAUCGACGCGUGCGAGCGAGAGCGGCGCCGCCUGCCCUGGCACCAAUACGCCACGGAACCGUCUCGGAGCUCGGCCGCUCUCGCCUCUCCGGAACCCUGUGAGCCUUCAGACGUGGACACCGAGGACGAGAUCGAGGAGGUGCGCGCACAGCUGUCCCGCGACGAGGACGGAGAUGCCACGGAGCCCGAAACGGAGUCGCGCGUCGGCUACGAUGACGUCGUACGACCGAGUAAGACAUUGAACGACUUCCUAUCGGGAUGCGCUUGUCUAAUACAAGGAGCUUCGCCCUUGUCACAUCGCCGUGCCCUCGUCGAGCGGUAUUUACGAGCAUACGGCGCCAUCGUCCUCCCGGAGGCAGCAGUGGAGGCAUGCGGCGAUGUGCAGUACGUGAUAUGUAUGACCGACGAAGACUGCGAAACGCCCACGGGGGCCCGAAAGGUGCGACCGGCUUGGGUAUGGCGCGCCCACGAGCGGCGGUCGAUACCGGACGAUCCGCGUCUCUACAUCACCUAG